GCUAAUUUAAGCAAUUAAAGGUAGCGUUAUAAUUUGUUGUCGUUAUUUUAUUUAAAACGCUUUCAUUAUUCAGGAAGAAUGGAAGUCUUGUGCGCUACCAUUGAAAAAAUGGGUGCACUCGAAAAAUUCAAUGAAAAUGGGUACCAAAAUUCCACCCUGUGUUUCAGAAAUCACAUACCUUAAUAAUGUGAUACAGCGAUCAAAUUCUAUUUACAGUCAGAUCUCAUCACAAGACUGCUCACAUCAGAAUUUCCUUACUCAUCAACUUGCUAAUAUAUCUGAAAGUAUGGUCCCAGUUACAGUAAUGAAUGCUGUCCAAUCAAAUCAAGUUCAUUAUGCAUGUGCUGGAAUAAAUGAACAGCUAGUAGCUGUAACAGAUGUUUGUAAUUUAGUAAAUGAGAAAAUAGCUAUAUAUCGACAUCCACUUUUUCCUUUAUUAAGAAUAUUGUUUGAAAAGUGUGAGCUUGCUACAAAUUCAAUUGAAAACAUUGAUUCAGUAACAAUAUUUGAUUAUCAAAUAAAAACUUUUAUUACACAAAUGGCAAAAGAAAACAAGCCAUUUUUUACAGAUGAUGCAGAGGUAGAUGGAUUGAUGUUGAAGUCGUUACAAGUUUUGCGUAUUCAUCUGUUGGAACUUGAAAAAGUUAACGAAUUGUGCAAAGACUUUUGUUUAAGAUAUAUAUCAUGUCUUCGAGAAAAAUUAAGUAGUGAUAAUAUAAUGCGAACUCUUGACAUUUCUAGUACCCCUCCAUCUAGUCCUUCUAUGUCUAUUGUGCCUGAAUCUAAUCAAGUAGAACAAUUUUUAAACACAUCAGAAAAUUCAACUGUAAUAGAUUCAAAAGGACUUCUCAACUUGUCACUAAAUACUUCUAACGUGUUUUUUUCUUCACAUUCGCCUAAUCAGGAAUUAUCAGAUUCACGAGAUGUAAUAAGCAAUGAUUCAUCUACAAUUGCCUCUCCAGAUAUUUUGUGCAUUAUAAAAAAGUCUAGAUGUGGAAAAAGAGGAGUCUUACCAAAGCAUGCAACAAGUAUUCUCAAGAGUUGGCUUUUUCAACAUUUACUUCAUCCAUAUCCUUCUGAAGAAGAAAAGCGUAUUUUAGCACAGAAGGCAAAUUUAUCAAGUCUUCAGUUAAACAACUGGUUCAUUAAUGCCCGACGAAGAAUAUUGCAACCAACUUCAUCUUUAAAGAAUAACAAAAAGUCUAAGCAGAAAAAUGCUGCUCAGAAAGAUUGGACUAAUACUAUAGGAGUAUAUAAUGCUUACCGAACUGAAGCUUUGCAGCAACACGGAGGUAUAACUCCGCAACAUAUUGAUUUCAUUACACCUCAGAAUGCAACAAUGCUUGUAAAUAUUGCUGGAAAUGAUGAUCAAGUUGUUUUACCACAAACGCUUCAACUUGUUUCACAGAUUCGUGAUAUUUCAAAUGGAUAUUUACCUGUUAUUUCACAAACCUCGCAAGCCUCGAACUAAAAUAUUUGAACAGAAUGUUUUUUACUUUUUUUACAUGGAUUAUAAUUAUUGUAUAAAGUUUAUAAUAAUGAGAAAAUAUUUAUUUUUUACAAA